UUCAGGAUGAUCCAGCGCCACCAGCUGGUGCAGUCUGUGCUUCAGGAGCUGCAGGAGGCAACGGAAUGCUUUGGGCUAGAGGGGCUCACCAGUGCAGCCCUGGAGGCUGAGAGGACGCUGUCCUCAUUCUCCUUGCCGAGCUACUGCGGGAGGCAGUUCCAAGAAGAGCUGGAAGUUGACCUGGUAGCCAAAAGCCUCUAUCCAGAAGAUGCUCCCAGCAACAUGCUGCCUUUGGUUUGCAAAGGUGAGGGAAACCACUUGUUUGAGGCUGCCAGCGUGCUCCUGUGGGGGAACACAAGCCUCAGCCUGGAGCUGCAGGUGCGCACAGCAGUGGAGAUGCUGCUUCACAAGCAGUACUACCUGAAUGGCAUGAUCGACUCCAAGGUGAUGCUGCAGGCUGCCCGCUACUCGCUUUGCACAGAAGAGUCCCCUGAGAUGACGAGCUUACCUCUGGCCAUUCUAGAGGCCAUUUUCGAUGCUGACGUCAAAGCCACCUGCUUCCCUGGCACCUAUGCCAACAUGUGGCAUGUGUAUGCCCUGGCGUCGGUGCUGCAGUGCAAUAUUUAUUCCAUCUACCCAAUGAGCAACCUGAAGAUCCGGCCGUACUUCAACCGAUUGAUUCGACCCAGGAAGUGUGGCUCGCAGGUCUCCAUGCUCCACAUCAUGUGGUCAGGGCAGCAGGUCUCGUCCCAGGUUUUCAAAGCUCAAUACUUUGUGGCCGUUGUAGGCCUGGAAGAGCUGGAACCAACAGGCCCUCCUCCAGAGCCUCAAGUGCAGCCGGUGAAGACCCUGGAGCUGCUGAACAAUGAUCCCCAGGUGACUUACUCUAACCUACGCGAGAGAUACAGCAUUACCAAAAGCACCUUCUAUCGCUGGAAGCGCCAGUCCCGAGAGCAUAGGCAGAAAGCGGCUGCUAGGUUUGCGGCCAAACACUUCCUGCAGUCCUGCUUCCAGGAAGGGAACAUCGUCCCUCUCCAGCACUUCCGACAAAUGUUCCCAGAAAUAUCUCGCUCCACUUACUAUGCCUGGAAGCACGAGCUGCAAAGCAUGACCAAUGGUGAGGCCUCUUCCCCUGCUGAAGUUGCAUCCUCAAAGGAACCUCACACGUCCAAACCUGUGAAGCCUCCUACGGGUGUGUCUGGGACAGCACCAUUGGAUUCCAAAAGCCCUCUCCUGAAUUCUGGCCAAAAUGGGAUCUCUAUGCAGGGAGCCAAGUCCUACCUGGAGAAAUGCAUUUCCAUGAACACCCUCGUGCCUUACAGAAGCUUUAAGCGCAGCUUUCCUGGCAUCUCCAGGUCCACAUACUACAACUGGAGGAGAAAGGCCCUUAAGGGGAACCCAAGCUUCAAACUUCCCCAGCCUCUUCCUGUCAACCAGAAGCCCCUUGUGAGCAGCAACCCAUACCUGCUCCUCAAGCCAGAAAACCUGCCUAACAGGAAGAUGUUGAAUGGGCAUAGGCCAGGACCCCGGAUUCUUUUGCGCAUCAAGCCGUCUCUGUACAACUGGCAGAAGCAGCUUCGUGACUUGGCCAAGAAGCGUGUCAGCCAGUGGCACAUGCCUUUCUGCAAGUUUCGCCUGCGCUAUCCGGGUGUCUCUUCCACAGCCUAUUGGUUCUGGAGGAGGAGAAGCAUCCAGAAGAAAAAACCUCAGCCUUCUUCAAAUGAGAGUUUCAAACACUUGCAAAAUGCUAUCUCAGAGUCCAGUAAGAAGACAGAGCUUGGAUUCCCUCCACUCCAGCAAAGGGAGAUGGCUCCAGUGCAUGUGGUCCAGCCAGUGCCUAAACCCAACAACACCAGGAUCUCAAGCUAUCCAGUGUCGGAAAGCGUCAACAGCCGCAUGUUUGUGAUGGAUGUGAUUGCCACAGCUCAGUUCAAAGCACAGGCCAAGCUAUUUCUUCAGCAACGCUUCGAAUCGAAGACCUUCCCAACAUACAAAGAGUUCCGAUCUCGCUUCCCCUUAACCGCACGCUCCACUUAUUACAUGUGGAAACGAGCCUUGCAUGAUGGGCUGACCCUGGUGGAUGCCUAA